UUCACAAUUGGACCAAACAUGCCUUACAAGUUACACACACCUCUUACCUUAAUUUCACCAUUCCUUAAAUAUUUAUAGACACAAUCUCAUUCAUCCUAAGAAACUAAAAAUGGAUGAUCACAAGAAAAAAACAUUGGAACCAAAACCUAACCUAGAGGAACUAUACCAAGGAAUCCCAGAUGAGAGUGUUAAUCUUACCUUUCAAGACUUGCCAAAUGUUAAGAAAAACACCACAAAUAUACAAUCCCCUUCUCUUUCACCUAUGAAUAUGUCACCUACUCAUGAUUUUAAAAAAGGCUUCAAGGUAUAUUCCAAUGACAACUAUAAUCAUCAACAAGAUUUUGGUCAUAGAGGUGUUGUUGGUGCUCAAGGUACUCAAAGUAAGGCAAGUGAGAAUAAUUUGGGCUAUGAUACAAUGAGUGGUGAGUCGAGUUCGACUAAUGGAAAAGGCGGUGUUGGUCGACGGAGACGACAGGGCAUUCCUCACUCUAAGAUUUGCACUAUUUGUAGUAACUAUGUUUAUUUUUUCAGGACAAGAUGUUUGGUAUGUGGCAGGGUUUAUUGCAAGCAGUGUGUGGAAAUAGGUAUGGGAGACUUAAGAGAAGGAAGAAAGUGUGUUAAUUGCCUUGGGCUUAGGUUCUGUCAAAGGUACAUAGAAAGGGCAGGGUUACUAGGAUGUUUGAAUUGGAGGUAUCCAAGUACAGUAAAGCAGACUGAACUCAAAUGGGCUGAGAAAGGACCAAGAAGGAAUGGUGACAAAGGCUAUGGUAAUCAAUCAAGACCAACAACACCUACAACUCCAACAAGUCCUUUCUCUAUUGCUAGCAGUGAAGCCUCCUUUGCAACUUAUUCUCCUUUCACUCCUCGUCAUCACCACCACCCUCUUUGAAAACAAGAAGAAUUUUUAUUUUGCUUUAAAAAUAGUUUCCUUCAACUGUGUUUUUUUCUUUUUAUAUUUGAUCUUAUGUUGUUUUUUUAUUCAACUAGUUGAUUUAACUUAAAUUAAAAGUUCCAUAAUUUUCUUUAUGUUAUCUGUCACUUUCUUCAA